GAAGGAGGGAGGGAGGGAGGGGCAGGGUUGCCGUGCCGCCGAAAGGAAGGUCUGGAUGCUAACCCCCGCCGGCCCCGCCCAGCUCUCACAGCGAUGGCCUCCAACUUCAACGACAUCGUGAAGCAGGGCUACGUCCGCAUGCGGAGCAGGAAGCUGGGGAUAUACCGGCGCUGCUGGCUGGUGUUUAAGAAGUCCUCCAGCAAGGGGCCGCGCAGGCUGGAGAAGUACCCUGACGAGAAGUCGGCCUACAUCCGGGCCUGCCCCAAGGUGACGGAGAUCAGUAACGUAAAGAACGUGACCAGACUCCCCCGGGACACCAAGAGGCAGGCGGUGGCCAUCGUGUUCACCGAUGACACGUCUCGCACCUUCACCUGUGACUCAGAGCUGGAGGCAGAGGAGUGGUUCAAGACCCUGUCAAUCGAGUGCCUGGGGACCCGCCUCAAUGACAUCAGCCUGGGGGAGCCGGACCUGCUGGCAGCGGGGGUGCAGUGUGAGCACACAGAGCGCUUCAACGUGUUCCUGCUGCCCUGUCCCAACCUGGACAUCUACGGGGAGUGCAUGAUGCAGAUCACCCACGAGAACAUCUACCUGUGGGACAUCCACAACCCCCGGACCAAACUGGUCACCUGGCCCCUCUGCUCCCUGAGACGAUACGGCCGCGACGCCACCCGCUUCACCUUCGAGGCCGGCAGGAUGUGUGACAGUGGAGAGGGUCUCUACACCUUCCAGACUCGGGAAGGAGAGCAGAUCUAUCAGAGGGUGCACUCUGCCACACUGGCCAUCGCUGAGCAGCACAAGAGAGCCCUGCUGGAGCUGGAGAAGAACAGCAGGUUGCUGUCGAAAGGCUCGGAGGCGGGGUCGUACCCUUGCACCCCCACGGCCAUCCUCCCCCGCAGUGCCUUCUGGCACCACAUCACAGGCACUCAGGCAAGCCUGGACAAUGCCAACGGUGACCUGUUCGGCGGCUCGCAGUCUGACCCCGACGCAGACCUGCUCGCCACGCGCCUCUCCACGGAGCGCCACAGCUCGGUGCCCCUCCGUCACGGUCGACAUCCCCCCGGACACUACCUUCCCACCGCUUCCUACCCCAGCCAGUGAGGGGCGCUGUGGAGCCACUUCCUUACCGCCUCGUGUCUCGCCCUCGCAUCUCCACUGGAGCCCUGGACUUCAUUUCCGCGCCCGGUCACCCCACUCCGCCCCCUCCAGCCCCCGCCCUCCCUACCGCACCAUACCCCACACCACCCCAGCACACCCCCUUGGGCCAGUCAGGGGGUGGAAGGGCGCCACCCAGUGGGGGGCAGGGUCUGAGGGAUCGCCCCCUUCACAAAGACGGGAGGAGCCGGGCCAUGCGGCCGCCACAUCACCUAGCCUUCCCCCGGGGACAGGACUCCAACACCCAGCAGCCCCCAGCGAGGAGCUUACAGGAAGUCCCAAAGCUGCGGAGGUCUUCCCGAGACCAGCACUGGAGCCCCGCCUGGUGUAGUCACGUUGGCCGCGUAGCCAGACGCUUUUUUGUUUAUUCGUGACCCUUGUCUGUGUGAAGCUCUCUCGUGCAUGCCCCCGUCAGAGAGGAACGUUGUGACAAAUGUGUGUGCGUGCGUGCGUGGGAAAGGAGGAAGGUUAUCUACCGAGGCCUACUGUGGUUCAAUUUUCCCCCUGAUUGGGUUCACUUUGGUCAUCGUGGUCUCUUUAGGGGGUCACAGGGCCACCCCCCUGACAGACUUCUACACCCCUGACCUCCGGGUGUGAGUGGGGUGCCUGUCAGGGGUCUGGAGACGGAGUCACACCCCAUUGCAGUUCUUCCACGCUCAACAAAACCGUCGUUUUUACCGACCUUGGACAGACCAACUGCCCACACAGUUCUGCAGCAUGAUUACAAUGUAGCUCGCUUGAAUCCGUAGAACUUAAGUGUGACACACAAGAGGUCUGUAAGCUAAGAGGGUUUUGUCUCUCCUUUUAAAAGAAAUGCACAAUUACCCACAAUCCCACUGACCAAGUCUCCACGACUGAGGACGGCAGAGCUUCAGCAGUCUUUCACAGGAAAGGAGAACGGCUUUGUCGUUUUUUUAUUUCUCUUCCAUCCCUCUCUUAUUUUCUGUAGCCGACAGGGCGACUCGGACGAACUCGGUCCCCACCUCUAACUGUGCUCGGCUACAUCACAACGAUGGGCCCUGAUUUUCGUCCAGCGUUUGGAGCAGAGAGACGCCACUGGUCGGACUACAGGCAUGACUUUCCAGGGAGCUGACUUCUUUGUUUGUCAUUCAUCCAAUCAGAAGCUCCGCUUCAUUUAGCGAUGGUAAAAGUUCGCCGGCGGGAGAGGUGGGUGUGGUUUCUUGACUCCGCCUCUUUUUUUUCGGGAAGAUUGAAUCCUCUGCCCUGUUGGCUGUGAGACUUGGAAUGAAACACCAGGACCAGAAGAGACAGACGAGAACGGGUGCAACUUCAGACGUUGUUUUGUGUGUCCUCCUUUUUUGGGGAAAAAAACCCACAUCUGAACGAAACACAAUGUAAUUUAGGACGUUGUGUUCCUAAAUGUUCAUACAUUUCCUUUGCUGAUAGUAAUGCGAUGAUGAUGAUGAUGAUGAUGGUUAAGAUGACGAUGAUGAUUAUUAUUAUAAUUGUUAUUUGUGGUUGUUUUGUUUCUUAUUUUGCUCCAUGAUGCUUUUGUUCUGAUGAGUAACCCUGGUUACGGAUCCGAGCCGCCUCGAAGUAACUUUUUUGCACUUAGAGUGAUGAUUUUAAACCGAUCUGUUUUAGGCAACUCAGGAGAAAAUAGUUCUUCUAUCCGAAAGGUUGUUUUCUGAGCGCCAGCGAUGUGCGCGGAGCGAGCUCGGCCUGAGGUUUGGCGUUAACCCCCCCCCCGAAGGUCGCGAGUUAGGGCAGCCGAACCCUCCCCCCUCUUCAUUCCUGUCCCGCCCGUCCAGGACAGCCUUCACACCAAAUACUUUCUUUAGGGCUAGAGAAGGUGUUCCACUCUGGCUGAGGCUGCGGCUCGGAGAGCGACCUUGCCCCAACUGCCGACCGUCAGCGUCGCGUCCGACCUGUUCUGCUCGUUAGUCCUACCGUGCUGUCACCUGACUGGAUUACCUGGAGUUUUAAAACGAUUUGUCAUGUAUCACAAGUUUAUAUGUUGUGGUUUAGUGUUGUCUACACAAGGAGCAAAUAGAGGGUGGGAGGGUUAUUACUGAAUGACUUGUGGGAGGGUUAUUACUGAAUGACUUGUGGGAGGGUUAUUACUGAAUGACUUGUGGGAGGAUAUUACUGAAUGACUUGUGGGAGGGUUGUUACUGAAUGACUUGUGGGAGGGUUAUUACUGAAUGACUUGUGGGAGGGUUAUUACUGAAUGACUUGUGGGAGGGUUAUUACUGAAUGACUUGUGGGAGGGUUAUUACUGAAUGACUUGUGGGAGGGUUAUUACUGAAUGACUUGUGGGAGGGUUAUUACUGAAUGACUUGUGGGAGGGUUAUUACUGAAUGACUUGUGGGAGGGUUAUUACUGAAUGACUUGUGGGAGGGUUAUUACUGAAUGACUUGUGGGAGGGUUAUUACUGAAUGACUUGUGGGAGGGUUAUUACUGAAUGACUUGUUGGAGGGUUAUUACUGAAUGACUUGUGGGAGGGUUAUUACUGAAUGACUUGUGGGAGGGUUAUUACUGAAUGACUUGUGUGAGAGUUAUUACUGAAUGACUUGUGGGAGGGGAUUACUGAAUGACUUGUGGGAGGGUUAUUACUGAAUGACUUGUGGGAGGGUUAUUACUGAAUGACUUGUGGGAGGGUUAUUACUGAAUGACUUGUGGGAGGGUUAUUACUGAAUGACUUGUGGGAGGGUUAUUACUGAAUGACUUGUGGGAGGAUAUUACUGAAUGACUUGUGGGAGGGUUGUUACUGAAUGACUUGUGGGAGGGUUAUUACUGAAUGACUUGUGGGAGGGUUAUUACUGAAUGACUUGUGGGAGGGUUAUUACUGAAUGACUUGUGGGAGGGUUAUUACUGAAUGACUUGUGGGAGGGUUAUUACUGAAUGACUUGUGGGAGGGUUAUUACUGAAUGACUUGUUGGAGGGUUAUUACUGAAUGACUUGUGGGAGGGUUAUUACUGAAUGACUUGUGGGAGGGUUAUUACUGAAUGACUUGUGUGAGAGUUAUUACUGAAUGACUUGUGGGAGGGGAUUACUGAAUGACUUGUGGGAGGGGAUUACUGAAUGACUUGUGGGAGGGUUAUUACUGAAUGACUUGUGGGAGGGUUAUUACUGAAUGACUUGUGGGAGGGUUAUUACUGAAUGACUUGUGGGAGGGGAUUACUGAAUGACUUGUGGGAGGGGAUUACUGAAUGACUUGUGGGAGGGUUAUUACUGAAUGACUUGUGGGAGGGUUAUUACUGAAUGACUCUAGUCUCAUUUCCUUGUUUUUCACAGCAUCAUUUCUCAUCGCUCUCACUUCCUGCGUUUUUGAGUGACAGUUCCUGUCAACAUGUCAACGUUUGAUGCUAUUGCACAUAAAAAGGGAGGAGCGGAUAUUUUUGAGCACAUAAGUCCAUAAGCACAUAAGGGGUUACAUUGCUAAACUGGGACGGCAGGCUUCUCCUUGCGUAGCUGUGGGCAGGUUUAGGAUGUGUUUAGUGAUGGAUGCUGGAGUGGAACACCUUAAUGUCUAAGGCUAGUUAUAUAAUGCUGGAACCUAAUAAAGACCACACAUGUAUGUAUAAUUUAUUCCAUGUUAACAUUAAGAAGGGCUAAGCUUUUGUUGAACCUAUCUCUUCCUUUAUUGUCAUGUACAGCUAUAUAAUCUGUUAUAUUGUUAAAUUGUUGGUGCCCACUGGGCCCUUGUGGAUACAUAUAUUUAUUUCACACGGAGUGUGUGUGUGUGUGUGUUUGUGUGUGUGUGUGUGUGAGACUUGGGAGGGGGAGAUUAGCUUUCUGUCAUUUUUUUUUUUGCUAUGAAAAACUGCACACUUUGUGUAAUGGCGGGGAAACAAUGCCAGAUGAAUUCUUUGGAGGUUUCUUUUUUUUUGUUUAUCCAGAAAUGUAUGCUGCUGAGUGUGUCAAGCAGGCCUUUGGGGGUGGGCGGUUGUGGGGGGGGGGGGCUCCGAUAUGAGCACAGCAUCAUUGACUGUGGUCAUUUUGGGGAAAGGGGCUUCUUGUGCGUCCCGCCAGAGAAUUGUUCUGUGCAGAAUGGCAGAAUGCCCGGAAACCGUCCCAUAGUGGAUCGUUAGACGACGCCCCCACGGGCAGCCUGAUGAUAUUCCGCAGCUGCCACCCCCCCCCCCCCGCCCCCGCCCCCCCGGAUGUUCCUCUGUAAACCUCGCCGUUAGUGACUCACCCGAUGGGUUGUCUUUUCUCUCUCGCCUCAAACUUGAAUUUCUGCCUUAAGACAAUAUUUCUUUUUUUUGUGUGUGUGUUGUUGUUGCUCAUAGUCCCUCUCCUAGUGUCUCCGUGCGGUCAGAGAGGAAAUGCAAACAGUAGCUCAUUCUCUUUGAGGUUUUUUUGAUACUCCUUUUGACUAUUUCUGGACGGAGCGAGAGGUUAGAGAUUGGUUAGUGACGGUAAUGACAGAGGUGCGCGAAUGUGACUGCGCGGGUCUGCUUUACUCGAAUGAAGGGACCAGUAAACGUUUUUGUUUCCGGUGGGAAGCCUGAACGUGUAACACCAGGAAGUGACAGCGCAUUCAGUGAGAAAUUAUUUAUCCCGCUGCUGCUGCGGCUUUGUUGACGCGCAGUGUCGCGGUACGGUGAUACUUCCGUGUGAACUUGUUCGUUUCUCUUUGAUCUUGAUUGUAAAAUUGACCCUAGGUUGAAAUAAGAAAAAAAAAGCAUUGGGCGUAUGUUUCUUUUUCUAUGCACGUUCUCAAGCUCAGUUUGGUAUGCAGGUCUGCGACAGGGCUUUCAUUGAGGGCUCGCCCACCCACCCCCUCCGCCAUGGUGAUUUUUGAUGGUUUGGACAAAGGUUGCUGUUCAGCACUGCCUGUCUGCCUGUAUUGAUGACGCUGUUUUUAAAGUCUCACCAGUUUUAACAUCUCUACACUACGUCAUCAAUUGAACGCUCUACCCGUCGAGGACCCUGUUACGCAGCAUCACAGUAACAUUUAUAAUAAAAUGAUCACAUUGUUAAAAUGUUACUGCAGCUGUGAGAGGUUUGUUUGGCUCUGAGCAGGUCUGUCCAGAUUGAUGUUCUGCCAUACGGCUGGAUUUACAUGUAUUUUCUUGGCUUUUUUCCCCCAUUAUAUUCUUGUCACAAAUGUUUUCAAAAGGGGGGUUGGUUUCUCAAAAUUUUGAAAGUGUGGGGAAUUAAUUUUGUGGUAUAAAGGGAACAAACACUCCACAUCAGUGAAAGGGAGGUAAAUGCUAUGUUAAGUGUCACAACUGCUUUAAAUGUAAAUUGUGAAUUCAGUAGGCUUACUUGAUCACCAGAGGCAUACGGUGUCAGAUUCCACAUGUAACUGUCAUCUUAGAACACCAUAUGCAAGUCAUUAGUAUGACCUCUGACCUCUAUAAUCUGUCUUGGUCAUCCCUAAAAUGUUUUACAAAGGGGAGUAAUGAAACCAAUGCACAAAAAUUUUAAAUGUUUAAAUGGUUUGAGAGUCCUGUUUAGCCAACAUAAAUAAUAACACGUAACUAAGUCCAUUCUGGCAGUUGGUUCGUUUAACUUUGAAUUUUGUCCUCGGCUGUGGUUCUGUUCGUGGUAAUUCCCAAAACAAAAAAAUCCCUUUCAUUUUCAAGGUGCCACUGCUACUUUACUGAUAUUUAUCCAAUCAGGGCCCUCUACCACUUCACAGGCUACCCUAUAGCGACAUGAAGCUAAACUCGUCCGAGAAAAAGGGGAGAGUGAGGAACAGGGAAGUUUUGGGUUUUUGUUUUUUUCUUCCCCCCCCCCCCCUCCUCCUCCUUCUUUUAUGGGGUGAGAGGCACUGUGUGAUGAGGAACGCGGGGCCAGGUUCGGGAGGAGGAAGCGCGCCCGGCCCCCCGAGCGUGGAGGUUGUGAUGUAGUUCUGCUCCCAGCAUGCCGCAGCGGAGGUCACCUUGCAUGAAUUCUGUUUCUGAAACGCCAUGUGUGUCCUGUAAUGUUUGUGGUACAACAUUUUGCAGUUUUACAACUUAAAAAAACAAGAAAAAAGAAAGAGAAAAGAGAGAAAAUGAUUUUACAAUAAAAAAACAGAUGAAUUUUAAA